AUGGAUAUAGUUUAUUCUUUUCUCUGGUUGCCAUUGUAUGAUACACCACAUCAAGAGCAAGGUCGGGUAAUGGAGAUUCGCGUUACUUACUCGAACAAAAAGGAUGAAAGCAUAGUGGUUAUAAAUCUUCCAAAGACGACUGAGUUUGAGAACAAAAAUGCUGUUAUGAGCAAGCUGAUCGUUAUACAUCCAAAGAAGUUGCAGAAACCAUGGGGCUAUUUAACAAGACACUGCCUUGAACACGGCAUAACUGUCCGCGACAAAUUAGGAUUCUCAUUCUUGCUGUCGAUCUCAUAUACUAAGAUAGUAUAUUGGUAA